AUGAAGAAGUACGGCUCCAAUGAGUGGAGUUUGGUGGACCUGAAUAAACCGGUUUACCUGAACAAGUCACCUCCUCUUGUACCUGCUGACUUGUCCUUUCACACCUUCCAGCAGUAUGUCUGCCGACAGGACGUCGCCGCCAAGCAGUGCCAGGUGGUGCUGGACCUGCACACGAACAUUACCGAGUUCGGAAAUGUGGCUUCCAUAUGUCAAAGGCUUUCUGAACUGGAUCACUCGGGUCUUCCAGCAUUGUUGCAGCCGUCGGAGGACAACCUUCCUCACGGCUGUACGAUCUCCUACAUCAUGCACAACCACGAGGACGGUACCAUGGACGUCCUUCGCGUACUCAAAUUUCCCACCAAGGUCAGUGUGAAAGAUGCCAAGAACUUGUGCAGUGGCCAAGCUUUGUUUCCCGCGCAUCGACAGGGACCCUGGGCAUGGAAGAAAGCCAUCCAUUCUCUACUGGAUCGACUCCCCGGUCAUCAUGUGGUCUGGUGGUCCCUGGACCGCAAAGAUAAGGAGAUAAAGCGUGCCACAUCCGCGGUCUGGACGGCGGAAGAAGAUGAACUUCGCGAGGGCGUCACAUUCGUGAAUAAGUAUGCACCGGAAGAUGAUUCGGAGAAUCAACAAUAUCUGUGGAUUCUCACCAAUAUCCGGCUAGACAGCGGGUCGCCCAUUGCAGGGUGGCCCGAGGGGAAAGUGAUCCGCAUGGCGCAGAACAAGUCUCGAGGCACGACAGGUGCCACCUCAUUGAGCUUCUUCCCCUUUACGGUCAGAAGCUUGAAACCGUUCAUGGGCGAGUUCCUCGUACCUCUAAUCGGUCCAUUGCUAACUUCUUAUGGCAUACUCACCCUUGGAUGGCCAGGGGUAGGCAAGACCCCAUUCCUCAUCUUGCUAAGCUUGGCGAUGGGUCGCUACCACAUCCAACGGCUGAACUUGGACGGAGUGAUGCCGGCAUGGCGCCGUGCCAAGGGCAUCGACAACUUUCGUCACAAGAUCGGGCAGAUCCAUGAGGGGUUGAUUCUCGAUGAUCCGUCCAUGGACCGGAUUGACGCAGCCGAUGUGAAGUCAUGGCUCACGGCCGAGGAGGAUCAGAACUGUAGCAGCCGAUAUACAGAUGUGAAGUUGGUACGGAACGGACUGCGGGCCUUGUCUGCGAACGAUUUGGCGGAAGAGGAUGAACCUCCCCAUGACCCUCGACGCACCAGCAUCACUCCUACUGAGUUCUUCAAACUCGUCAAGAAGUUAUUCAGCUCCUACAAGGAAGCGGAUAUCCUGGCAAUCCUCAAGCGAUGUGUAGUCAUGGUGUUUGGGAAGCAUGCGUUCUAUCUUAGGUUGCCGAGCCAGGAUCCGGCAGCUCCCAUUCAUUGCAUUCAUCAGGAAGAUCUUCAUCUCGACCUAUUCACGGAGCGAGACAAGCCCUACUACGCCAAGUACAAGGUUGGUGUCCAGGAAUUGCCCCCCACGCACUCGGACGACGUAGAUUGGGAACAAGACCUUCUUCAACGAGGCAUGCAGGAACUACAGCACGCUGGUCGUCCGGAAACGUAUCUUCGCGAAGUCAACCAAGCCAUUGCUACAAGGGUGUUAUCGUCAACUAUGACCGAUACUGCUGUUCAUCUACCGGCAUCCCCAUCGACUGAUGAGGAGAGCCGCGUGCCAGUGCCACAUCCCGAGGCUCUGCCAGUUGCUUGUACAAACCCUCCCCGCAGGAUCGGCACCUUCAACUUUCCUCCGAGCAAGAGACGCUUGACUCAAAAAACGUCAGUGUCUACCGAAAUCCACGAGGGUGCUGAAGGCCAUGUCCCAAACGAUCAGGCAACAUCAAGUGGAGCGGGCCGUGCCGCUCCUGAAGAUGAUCCGGAUGAGGAGGCUGCCCGUGACAUGCACAAUUAG